GUGUUUGUGAGUUUCUUUGAGAUAAGUUUAUCUUGCAUAAAAGUAUUUAAAAUGAAAUCCAGUAUGAGUGUUGCGCUGUUUGCAGUGUUUUUGUUCGGUGUUAUUAUUUCAUUGAAUUGUUCGCCUAUGGUACCAGACGGUGGCGAGACAUCGGGGACAUCAGAGACAUCAAACACUUGGCUUGAAUUUAUAAGAAACUUUAUAACAAAAGUGUUUUUGAAUAGUUCGCCAAGCGGCGGCGAGACAUCAGACACCUUACCCAUCUCUAUACGCAACUACAUAUUGAAUAUUUUGAUUUACAAUAGACCAGGAGGAUUGCCCACAAAUGAACAUGGUUCUAUAAAAUAUAUAGAUUUUUCGAAAAAUGUAGAUAGUCUAAAAGAUGAUAGUCUUAUAUCAGACUAUUUGAAAUUCGGAUUAGACCCUGAGUUUAUUGCACGGGUUACCGAGGCCAAAGACCAAAUUCAUCUUGGAUUAGCAGAAAGAAAUUUAGUCAACAAAAUUGAUAAAGUACGGGCUAGUUUACUCGAUAUAACAAAAAAGAAAAUAAAUGAGAAGAAUAGCAAUAAUGAAUUAAAAACUGUAAAAUAUUAUGCAUGUAACGACGUACAACUAAAUGAAGUCAUCAAUUAUUUCAUAAGCGACGUGAACAGUAUCGAUGAUUUCUGUAAACUGUAA